UAUUGAACUGUGAACUCUGAGAUAUUUUACUUAUGUAUGUACGUGAUAAAGUACCAAAGAACGGAAGAGGGCACACUUUGAGUUGAGCGCGCUUAGAAAAUGGUGUUUCGAAGUAGUGUUUACUGUUUGCUACUAGUUUCUUUACUAGUUUUAGUUCGGGCCAUACCUAAACAUUUACUCUAUGACCAUCAGGAUAUUGGCAAGAAAUUGCCACCAGAAGAUGAGGUUUCAAGUCCGGAAAUAAAACUUAAAGUUCCUAUUAUUUUUUACGGACAAAAAUAUUCAUCGUUGUUCGUAAAUGCAAAUGGACUUAUAUCAUUCCAAACGGAAAUUCCGGAAUUUUUCAAUAUAGAAUUUCCUUUAGAUUACCCGAUAAUAGCUCCAUUAUAUUCCAAUGUAGACAUAACUCGUUCGGGUACAAUAUCCUAUUACGAGACUGACGAUGCGAACCAUCUCGAACGUGCAGCAAAAAAUAUUCACGAUUCUUUUACUGAUGCCACUGAUUAUCAACCUACGAGCCUAUUUAUUGUGACUUGGUCCUCAGUAGGAUAUCAUUCUGGGGGUACUGAUAAGCUAAACACGUUUCAAGUAGUUAUUGCUUCUGAUGGAGAGGAAUCUUACGUGGAAUUUCUUUAUCCUGAAGGAGGAAUACAAUGGAUUCAGGGGUCUGGGCACGAAUCAGGGCUUCCUGAUGCUAGAGCCCAGGCUGGUUUUGUCUCCGAGGAAAGGAGAUAUUAUCUCUUACCCGGAUCUGGUACAAACCAGGUUAAAAAUUUGGAGAAAUUAUCAAAUGUUAAUAUAGAUGGUGUUUGGAUAUUUCGUAUCGGCACUAUCGGAGAAGAUAUUGCCAUCAUUGAACCGGAUGUUUUUAAAGAUAGAGGAGUUAAUUCUCAAAAAACAUGCGAAAAAGGCGCUGCUACGUGUAACACUUUCGCAAAAUGCACAGAUUACAAAGAAGGAUUUUGUUGUCAUUGCAAAACAGGUUAUUACGGCAAUGGCAAACAUUGUAUAAAGGACGAUGCACCCCUAAGAGUUAACGGCAAAGUUAAUGGCAAUAUAAAUGGCGAAUCGUUGACAAAUCUAGAUCUCCAAUCAUAUAUUGUUAUGGUUGAUGGUCGUACUUACACAGCUCUCUCAAAAAUUCCCCUUUCGAUUGGUUACGAUUUUCAAACUUUGCAGCUCUUGGGAGGUAUAAUUGGAUGGUUAUUUGCCAAACCAUCACGCGACAGCUUAAACGGUUUUCAACUGACGGGGGGUAUCUUUAACUACACUGCAACAAUAACGUUUCCCCAAGAAAACAAAAAAGUAACAAUCCAUACUAAAUUUUUGGGUCUUGAUGUAUUCGAUCAGCUUCGCCUGGAAACUAAGAUAGAAGGAGAAACCCCAAAAAUACCCGGCGAAUCGAAGAUUUCAAUGCCCGCAUAUGAAGAAAUGCUGACUCUAACAUCCCCCGGUACUAUUCAGUCUAUUUCAGAGCGACACUACAUUACAGUUGAUAAAGAUGAAAUUAGAAUACCAAUUAAUGUGAACCAAAACAUCGUGUUUUCCUAUUGUCCAUAUGGUGAUGUACCCUCUAGAAUUACUUGGAGAUUAAAAGUUGCCAAAAACUUUAUAAGUUACGAAAGUAGGGAGCAGAUUAUCAGAUUUGGAUUAACGAGUAAAGUAACAUCAUUAACAGAAAAGGAUCCUUGCGAUGAAGGUAAAAGUACUUGCGGUCCAGACAGUUCUUGUGUGGUAGAAAAUGACUCUUUUCGUUGCGUUUGUAACCCCGGAUAUCAAUACAUUUACGUCGACAAUCAACAAGUUUGCCAAGAUAUUGAUGAAUGUCAAGCUGGUUUAAAUGAUUGCCAUCAAAACGCACAAUGUAUUAAUCAUAAAGGAUCAUUCACAUGCAGAUGUGAUAAUCUAUAUGAAGGAAAUGGAAGAUUUUGCGAGCCGACGAAAUCGUGCUACUCAGUAACGUGUCCGGAAAACUCAGAAUGCAAAGAAAAUCCUUUUGCCUAUUGCGAGUGCUUACAAGGAUUUACAAGAGCUUCCGAUCAGUCAUGUGUGGCCGAAACAACUGAAAGCUGCUAUUACUCGAACAACUGUUCUCCUUAUGGAGUUUGCUCCCCAGAUCCAGAAACAAAUCAGUACCGCUGUUCCUGCAUAGAAGAGUAUGAAGGAGACGGAUACGAUUGUCGUCCCUCCAAUACAACCACAGUUGCAGAAUCAACGACUGAAAGCGUCGUUAUUCAACAAUGUUUGCUUGGAACGUGUUGGUGUCCUACUGGUUACAAAAAACAUGAAAGUGAUAAAUGCAUACUAGAUGUUGAAUCCACCACAGCAGCUGAAACCAGUCUCAAGCCUGGCACGAUUAAUCAGCAGUGCUUUUUAGGGAACUGUUGGUGUCCUGAAGGUUACCAAAAAUAUGGGGAACGAUACUGUGUACCUGACACUGAAGCAACUUCAACUUAUUCAACAGUUACUGAAACGGAACAAGUUGAUGAACCAACGGAAAUAGCUUCGUGUGAGAAUUUAAGCGAUUGUCACAUUAAUGCCCAAUGCAUUUAUGUACAAGCCACUCGUAGUUACCAAUGUAUUUGCAAUUUUGGGUACGAAGGGGAUGGAUAUGAUUGCGUGCAAGCAGAAGUGUCUUGCACAGAAGCUGAUAUUUGCGAUAUACAUGCAGUAUGUAAAUACAAUGACACAGUUGGUAAAUCUACAUGCGUAUGCGACUUUGGUUACGAAGGUGAUGGAAAAUCAUGUCAAAAAUUGGCUGCGUGCAGAGGCGAUAAAGAUUGUCCUACCAAUGAGCAAUGUAGAUACAAUCAAGAAUCACAAAGCUAUGAGUGUGAUUGUAAAGAGGGAAUGGAAAGGGAUUCUCAACAUAUUUGUAAUAAGGUGGAAGGCAUGUGUGGGGCAGCUAUUUGUGUAGAUAACUCGGAAUGCCUUUAUGACAGAGAAAACCAAAUAUAUUAUUGUAGCUGUAGAGACGGGUAUAUUGGAGAUGGAAUUAAUGAGUGUAAUCCUCGACCACUGGGAUGUGAUGUCACCAAUGAUUGUGGUCGAAACGCAGCAUGUAUUUACGACGAAGAAUAUGGUUUUUAUCAGUGUAAAUGUAACGAGGGUUUCCAUGGUGAUGGAAAACAGUGUUUCGCAGAAAAAAAUUGUCACGUUGAUCCUUACAUUUGCGAUUCUCGAGCUGUUUGUGUGACAAAUUCUCAAAGAGAGUUCGUAUGCCAGUGUCAACCAGGGUUUAGUGGUGAUGGUAAACACUGCAAGGAAACCCCCGUUCACGAAGGCAAUUUCCUUUUACUUAACCAAGGAGUUGCUACAUUAAAAAUUCCCUUCGAUGCUUCCAAAAAGAAUCCAGGACGACCAAUCCAUAUCAAUCAUCAAACUGCCGUUGGUUUAGACAUUGAUUGCUUCGACGGUAGGGUCUAUUGGAGCGAUAUUAAUGGUAGAACUAUUUUGAGUGCUUUCUAUAACGGAUCUUCAGUUGCUAAAUUUAUAGCAAUAGAUAUUGUUUCACCCGAGGGACUGAGUGUAGAUUGGGUGUCCCGUAACAUUUAUUGGACUGAUUCAACUAAAGAUACAAUUGAAGUAGCAAACAUUGACAAAAAAAUAAGAAAAGUUUUAUUCAAUACGAGUUUAGUGAAUCCACGAGGGAUUGCAGUUCAUCCCCAAAGAGGUAAAAUAUUUUGGUCGGACUGGGACCGAAGGGGACCCAAAAUUGAGUGGGCUAACGCCGAUGGUACAGAUCGUCAAACUUUUUUACAAGGUGAUAAUGUAAAAUUGCCAAAUUCGUUAGCCAUUGAUUUUGAAACAGAACAAUUAUGUUAUGCUGAUGCUGGAACUAAAAAUGUGGAAUGCGUAGAAAUAGAUAGUCGAUUAAGACAUAUAAUUGCGGUCAAUUGUACCUAUCCAUUUGGAAUAGCCGUUACUGACAAAACGAUUUAUUGGUCAGACUGGAUUUCGAAAAAAGUCGAACGAGUUGAUAAAUAUUCCCUUAAACGUUUGCCACCACUAGAUGUACCAUUGGGUGGUACUGGAAACAAACUUUAUGGAUUAGUCGCAGUUCCAGAACGUUGUCCAUCGCUCACAAAUGUUUGUGAACAUUUUAAAAACAACUGCCCUUCGGGGCACUUCUGCGUUCCUGAUGGAAGAGGUAGUCGCAGGUGCCUUUGUGGUAAAAACAUCGACUCAAACAACAUAGAAGUGCCCUGCCAGAAUUAAUAUAAUUUAUAUCAAGAAAAAAAUACUUAUAAGGUGUACCUAAUAUUACAUUCCUAAGUAAUUUUACUUAUCUGAAACUAUUUAUUUGCAUAAUUAAUACUCAUAUAUGUAAAAUUGGCAAUAUUUUCUUGUAAAUUAAUUUCUGUUCGAAUAAUCAUUUUUAUUUUGUUGUAAAAUAAACUAAGAAAUUGUU